GGCCGUGCCGAAGCUGUGAGCGUGGGCCCCUCACAGACAGACCCCUCCACCACAUUCACACCUCCAUCUCUCUGUUUUCGGCUACGGCUCAGGCAUUGAGAAGAAUCGAGCGUAAGAGCUUCGGGGACCAGGGACGCCACCUUUCGCGUCGCCCUCCGAUUCAGGAGGCUGUUGGUUUCAGAUCACAUUGGGAGAGGCUCCCUCCCCCCACCCUGCAUUUCCUGUUUGCUGCCGAGCCCGGCUCACACAAAGAACUUUGAUCGUGCCGAGCGAGGUCUAGGUGCAGCUGUGAGGCCUGGCAGGGCUCGCUGACAGCUUUCUUCCCACCAGACGGGUCAGGAGUUCUCUCUCCGCGCUGGUUUGCUUCAUGGGGUCCUCAGGGCCCCGUUGAAAGGAGAGCUAUGCUGGGAACCGACUGCCACCUGUUAGUCUGGGUCUCCCUGAUCGUUCUGAUUCUGGCGCUGGUCAUCUCUCUGUUCUUCAACGUUUCCCACUGGUUGGAUUCCCGGAGAAGAGAGAAGGUCAUCGACGGCUACGUCGAUGAGGACGAGGACGAGGACGUCGACGACUACGUUCCAAGAGAGGAAGAGAGCUACACUGAAGAUCCGCCGAUUUAUGGUAACCUCACUCAAGUAUCUGCUGAACCAGUGACCGAAAGCUGCUAUGAACAGAUGCGAGCCCGGCCUCCAAGGUCAGGGAACCAAGAGCAGGAACCCCCUGUGAAGGCACAGACUGACAUCCAGAUGUGCUACGCCUCUCUAGAUCACAGCUUCAAGGGGAAGCCCAGGAAGCCCAGGAAGCCCAGGAAACCGAAGGUCCAGGCAGCCGACCUGGACGAAGACGAGCAACUGUCCCCGAACGGCCCCAAGACCCCCCUUACCGCCUACCACCAGAACGAGUCCUUCCAGGCGGGCAUCGCCGAGGAGAGCAUCCACGACGAUCCCAUCCGCCUCUUUGGCUUGAUCCACGCCGAGAGGGAACUAGUCAACGGGCAGGAUGGCAACCCCUCUCGGUGAUCCGGAAGAAAAUGGCCUCCAGCCCCGUGACCCAGCAGAGAUCCCCACGGACCGAACGGGUCAGGGGCACGGCUCAGUCUCCUCGUCACCGCGGGCAGGUCCGCACUGACCGAGGCUGAUGCCAACCGGACUGGCUUUCGCCGUUCCUCCAGAGCGGAUGGAAGUUUCCGGGAUCGGGGGAGGAUUCUGGGAAUAAUGGACCCAAAGGUAAUGAUCACCCAUGGUGGUGAGAAGCUCACAGCGUGCUUCACAGUGGGGUCGGGGUGAGGGACAAUGACAUGACACAAAUGUACAGAAAAAUGAAAAGUGAAGAUUCUUUCUGUGAACGGGGCCUACUCAGUUCUCUGGCUCACUCCCGCCUAACUGGAGUAGAGUGUGGAGCUAAGUAUUCUCCGGAGACCACCUGAGACCGAGAAUGAAAUGAGAUGAAGAAACAAGGGAAGGGAAACCACGUGACGGAGUGAAAAGAGCAGGGGCCCGGAAAUCAGAAGACCCGGGUUCUAAUCCAGCUCUGCCACUUGCUUGCUCU